UGAUCCUAUAGUGUUAAAACAACGUUCCUUGGCUGAAAACCAUUCGGUCGAGCUGGCUGUCUAGUUGGCAUGAAUGGAUAACGUUCAAUUUCAUUAUACACAAUCUACUCCGACUGCUAUCACAGGGUGGAAUGAUGGCACUGGCAAUGGGAGCUCCCCUUUCUCUGCAAAUGCAGCCCUCACCGCUCUCCUCCAAAGUCUUUAUUUCAACACCGAAUUACUCCCCACUAAGGUUUAAUGCCAUUACCAAUCAAUAUCAGGAUCAAGCUUGUCGCCAAAAUGUCAAGGUGUCAUUCUCAGAACAAGCAGAUUACAGUCGAAGGGACAUUGUGUUGGGAUCUGGUACUGCAGUAGGAUCAGCUUUGAUAUGGAGCCUUUCACCAGCUCUUGAAAGUGUCAAUGCUGCAGAUUUGAUUCAACGAAGACAACGGGGUGAAUUUUUGAAAAUUAUCAAGGAUUUACUCAUAACUGCCAUACAGGCUCAUCCAGAACUUAUCCCAUCAAUAAUGCAGUUGGCAUUAAAUGAUGCAGUGUCAUAUGACAAGGUUAGUAAGACGGGUGGUGCAAAUGGAUCAAUCAGAUUUAUGUCAGAGAUAACGAGGCCAGAAAAUGAAGGAUUAUUAUCUGCAAUGAAGUUAUUGGAGGAUGUAAAGAAGGAAAUUGAUGCGUCAUCGAAAGGUGGACCAAUUUCAUAUGCAGACCUGAUUCAGUUGGCAGGACAAUCAGCAACAAAAAGCACCUUCCUUAGUGCUGCGAUUAGAAAAUGUGGUGGUAAUGAACAGAAGGGUCAAACAUUAUACACGGCCUACGGAUCAAGUGGCCAGUGGGGACUGUUUGAAAAACAAUUUGGCCGAACAGACACUGAAGAACCUGAUCCAGAAGGUAAGGUAUUGAAGUGGGCAGAAUCGCCAGUUGCUGAAAUGAAGCGUAAAUUUGUAGAUAUAGGGCUUGGUCCACGACAGUUAGCUGUUAUGUCUGCAUUUCUUGGUCCCGAUCAAGUCGCAACAGAGGCCAAAUUAGCCUUGGACCCGGAAGUGGCCCCUUGGGUUAACAAAUAUCAACGUAGCCGAGAGACAGUUUCUCAAACUGAUUAUGAGGUAGACCUUAUUACUACAUUCACAAAGUUAAGUUGCUUGGGUCAGAACAUCUAUUAUGAGGCAUAUACAUAUCCUCGAGAAAAAAUAGAUAUUAAAAAAUUGAAAUUGUAAAUUUGAGCUUUGUAACACUACCAUUUCAUUGCAAUUUAUUUGAUUACUUUAUUUCUA